CCCGCAGUCUCAGGGCCGACCUAAAAUCAUCGAGAAGGUUACAGCACCGUGGCGUUUGACGGGACCCCCAGCUAUGGCCACACGCCGUCUCACCCCGCCGCUCAGUUUACGAACCACUCCUUCAAACACGAGGACCCCAUCAGCCAGCAGCCCUCCCUAGGGGACCAGCAAUACUCGGUGCCUCCCCCGGUGUACGGCUGUCACACCCCACACGACAGCUGCACGGGCAGCCAGGCCCUGCUCCUCCGGACCCCCUACAACAGUGACAAUUUAUACCAAAUGACCUCGCAGCUUGAAUGCAUGACAUGGAAUCAAAUGAACUUGGGAUCCACACUGAAGGGCCAUACAGCAGGAUAUGAAAAUGAGAACCACAGUGCUCCCAUGUUAUACAGCUGUGGGGCCCAAUACAGAAUACACACCCAUGGAGUUUUCAGAGGCAUACAAGAUGUCCGGCGGGUGCCAGGAGUCGCUCCAACCAUUGUCCGAUCGGCGAGUGAGACGAAUGAGAAGCGUCCCUUCAUGUGUGCCUACCCGGGCUGUAACAAGAGAUACUUCAAGUUGUCCCACUUGCAGAUGCACAGCAGAAAGCACACUGGUGAAAAACCUUAUCAGUGUGAUUUUAAGGACUGUGAACGAAGAUUUUCUCGUUCAGACCAACUCAAACGGCACCAAAGACGACACACAGGCGUGAAGCCCUUCCAGUGUAAAACCUGUCAGAGAAAGUUCUCCAGAUCUGAUCAUCUGAAGACUCAUACCAGGACUCAUACAGGUAAAACAAGUGAAAAGCCUUUCAGUUGCCGGUGGCCCAGCUGUCAAAAAAAAUUUGCCAGGUCUGAUGAAUUAGUUCGUCAUCACAACAUGCACCAGAGGAACAUGACUAAGCUGCAGUUGGCCCUUUAGACAGUUCAAACAAGUGAAUAAACCAGAUGGGACAUUAUGAGCUACUGCAAACUUUGUCAGCCAUCUUCGAUCACCUCUGUCAGAGAGCUGCAGCUGUCUUCGCAUCCCAUUUGACACAAGUUAACUAAACCGUAGGAUUCUGCUCAGCCUUGUCUUCCAUUUGGAGUUACACAAGUUCCUACUCAAUAAGUUCAAGAGAUUUUUACCUGUGGUUUUGUUAAAAAGUAAGCAAGAUUGCCUCAGUUUCAAGAUUACCAUAAGCUGUUCUUAGCUUCACGUCUGUCUCCAUUUUUUUUUUGUGUUAUCCUCACUCGAACUUUUCCAGGUACAAAUUGUUGUACCUUUUUAAGUCCUGCAGUGGAUAGGGUGAUUCCUCCCUGUUGAAGGUUAGUUCUGUGCUUACAUCAUCUGUGCACAUGCUGAGGUUUCCAAAUGCUGGUACAUCUAUCCUCAGAAAAUGAGACAGAACAGUCACCUGAGAUACUUUUGGUAAACUUUGUACUCGUACUGCCAAAGGGCAGGCUUUUAAAGUUGGAAGCUCUGCUUUUGAAUUUCACAAAUCAAACCUUUUUUUAAAGGAUGUCUUUCUAGAGCAGCUAAAGCUGGAUGAACCAGAGCCUCUCUGUACAGAAAAUAAGAAUCUUACCAUUAAGUUAACUUGUUUUUUAAAUAAUCACAUAAUUGAUCUCUCAAAACUGUUUUGUUUGUCAAUUAACUCUCUCCCUUUCUCUCUCUCUUUUUAAUGUAUUUGUUUAAAUUUAUUCUAUCAUAGAUCUCCUUUACACAAAACUAAUUCUGAUCAUUGUAGACAUUUGGGAUUUGUUUACAAUGUAAAGCCACACUGGUUAUGUGGCUCACAAGCUGUAUAAACUUAAAACUGAACUUUUAAUGGGGCUGGUCCAGGAUCUCCAUUAACAGAUUACUCUUAAGAUAAGUAACUUAAAAAGACUCUUUGUCAAGUAUAUGUGAAAAAGACAUUAUUAGUGUAAGGAAAUAUAUUAUUUCAGGGUUUUGGGAGGAGGGGUUUAUUAUUUACUUUUCAUUGCUUGAAAUUGUGUGUAUAUAUAUAUAUCUGAUAAUGUAUUGCUCUUAGACAUCUCCAGUUAGAAAGUGUAUAAAUAUUAGAAGCAUCACUGUUCUGAUGUUGUUGCUGUUAAAAACUAUGGAUAACACUAAGAAUGUAACCUGCAUUUUUCACUGAGCUUUCAAUUAAAGCCCAUUCAAAGAGAAA